AUUAUUUCUCUUAUUUUGAAUUUUGUUUUUGAAUUUUCUAGUAUUACCCUUACUAGCUUUACUAUAAAAGUUGGGUUAAUAUUAUAAAAAUUAUUUAUAAAUUUUUCUAUAACAUAUAUAUAUGUAUAUUCAUAUUUAAAUGGCAACAGGUGUUGUUAGCAUUCCACCAAAUAGUGUGCUUGGCACUGAACCUCAAGAAAUUUUAUGUCCAUCAUGUUUUAAAAAUGGAUUAUCAAUUACAAGAGUGGAAGCAUCAACUUUUACUCAACGUAUGAUUUCAUAUUUUGAGAAAUGUUGCUGUUUUAAAUGUACUUGGCGUUGUAGUAAGGACUUAAAUCAUUAUUGUUGUCAUUGCGGUUGCUUUAUUGGACGUCAUAUUGAAGUUGGUUAUUUUCAAGAGAAAACAUUAAAGAAACAUAAAUCAAAUUCAAAAAUUGGAAGAUUUAAUAAAAUGAUUGAAAUACCAUCAAAGAAAUCAAAACCAUCGAAAACUAAUGCUAUAUUAGUACUAUAA